AUGAUGAACGGAGAGCUGAGAACGGGCUCUCCCACCUCUCUUCAUCAACAUUGUGCCAGCGGAAUCAAUGCGGUCAUUGUUGAUGACAUCAUGAAGCCAUUUGAUGCACUCCACCCUUUGAAGCACUUGCUCAUCCUGGCCGUCGAGGGGCACAUCCACAUCGAUGGGAACUCAAUAUGCAUACCUGAUUGCUGCUCAGCAAGAAAGACGUGGCAGGACGGGACUGACCAGAACCGGAAGCUACUGCACUUCAUGGUUGUCAACGGUGCAGAGGCAGCUGAGGAGGCCCCUUGGCCCCAGAGGUUGACCCACGCAGAGGCUAGAACACCCUUGCUGCCCUUGUCCCCUCUUUCUGAUCUCACCCCUUUGCCCCCCAAGAGGUGCAACAACGUAGCAUCAUCUCCCCUCUCCCAUCUCAGCACACCCUCCUCCCCUGGCGUGUCAGACACUGCCUCUCCUCCAUGGCCUGGACCUUCAGCCACCUCGUCGGCAGGUGCUCGCCCCCAGCAGCCAGAAGACCAGCAACUCAGCGAUCAAAUCUUCAUGCUGGUUACAAUCAAGGAGAAGGACCCGAGAACCAUGAGGCUGCCAUGCCACUCGUACGGGCUGGAAGAGCUCUGGGAGCUUCUGUGCCCGGAUGGUUGCGUCACAGGAGGCUAUGCGUACGGAGACAAAGUCGUGGUUGGCAAGAUCAAAUCCUAUCUCAUGGCCUUCUAUCCAGAGGAUGACUACGAAACACUCUACUACCUGCGACACGGCCUGCUGUUGGCCUUCGUGGAGAAGGGCUUAGCCAUGGUCAUUUGCACGGACUCAGACAACCUCAACCUCAAAGAGCAAGCGGAGUUUGAGAAGUUCCUGGCCCACUACCGCAAGACCAUGGGGUGCAUACGACAGAAGAUGUAUAAGCAAACAAUGGCCGUCUCCUCCAUGACCGGUGAACACACCAAGGAGGAAUUAGCGAUGAUGGCAAAGGUGGAGGUGGAGCACCAAGUAGAUUGGCAACAUCCUCCCAUUCCAGACCCUACGGAAUGCAUGCUCAUGGUACUCCAGCACGGUGCUCAGCAGCUGGCAGAGGAGCAACACAACAAACACCAUGUUCUGCCCUCGAAGGAACACGGCCGCUACACCAAGGCUUUGGGCCAGGCUAUAAUCGAUAUGUUUGGCUUGGUCAAGCGUAGACUCCUCAAAGGAGAGUACACUGAGGCCAAGAUGGAGUUCAAGAAAGCUCGCCUGUCCAUCCACAUACCCGUCCCUAAAGUCUCCCCUCCCCGCGACCUCGUCAGCCCCAGCGAGAUGGACGUGUUCGCCCAGCUGAGCACCCCUCGCAACAGCAGCGAGGACGAGUGCAAGGACAGGAAGAACAACCCGAGCUACCUGUCACCGCGGCCUCUGCAGCGGUCAAGGUCGAGGAAAGGGCAGCGCGCUGGCUAA